UGCGCGUGGGCGGCUCUCGUGAGCUCGGCGUGUGGACAAACCGCGGGUCAGUCAGUCAGUGAGAGAGAGCGGAGUGUGUGUGUGUGUGUGUGUGUGUGUGUGGUGCUCGGUGUUCCCGGUCUUUUUACUCGUCGUUCGCCUUGAUUUAGUUUGGUCUCGCGGAGCGCGCGCUCACCCCGGCGUGUCCCGCUCGGUCUCUCGGUGCCGCUCGCGCUCGCUGUGUACGGAGCGGUCUGCGCGCGCGCUUUACCGGGACCGCGAGAGAAGAAGAAGAAGCCAUAUCUGGGCAAAGUAUUCACCCGGGCUAUAUAUAGAGAUAACACCGGGGAGAGGGACUGUACGGUCCUGAAGGCUUGAGAAGGACAUUUUUGUUGUCCUGGUUCCUGCCUCCUCCUCAUCCAACUCCCCCACCCCCACCCGUCCUCUGCUGUCCUCCAUUCGUCCUUCGCCAUGUCGUUCCGUAAGGAGAUGGAGAAGUACCGCGACGUGGACGAGGACGAGCUCCUGCAGAAGCUCAGUGAGGAAGAACUCAGGAGGCUCGAGGAUGAACUGGAAGAGCUCGACCCUGACAAUGCACUGUUACCUGCCGGAAUGAGACAAAGAGAUCAGACAAAGAAAGCCCCGACCGGAACGUUCCACAGAGACAACCUGCUGGCUCACCUGGAGAAACAGGCCAAGGAGCAUCCGGAUCGAGACGACCUGGUGCCGUACACUGGAGAGAAGAGAGGGAAGCCAUGGGUUCCAAAGACGAAGGUUGUUGAUCCGAUUCUGGAAGACGUCACGCUGGAGCCGGAGCUGGAGGAAGCUUUAGCGAGUGCUACAGACGCAGAACUGUGUGACAUCGCAGCUAUCCUGGGAAUGCACACAUUGAUGAGUAAUCAGCAGUAUUAUGAAGCUUUGGCCAGCAGCACCAUCGUCAACAAACAGGGUUUAAAUAGUGUGAUCCAGUGUGCACAGUAUAAGCAGAUCCCAGAUGAGCAUCCCAACGACACUGAUGUGGAACAGACGCUAGUAAGGAUCAAACACAAUGAUCCUGAUCUUGUGGAGGUUAACCUGAAUAACAUCAAGAAUAUCCCUAUCACCACUCUGAAAGCGUACGCCGAGGGGCUAAAAGAAAACACAGUAGUGGAACGACUGAGCAUUGUAGGAACACGGAGCAACGAUCCCGUAGCCUAUGCGUUAUCCGACAUGCUUCGAGUAAACACCACACUGAAGUGUUUGAACGUUGAAUCGAACUUCAUUACGGGAAACGGAAUCCUCGCUCUGGUGGAGUCGCUGCAGCACAACAAAACACUCCAGGAGCUCAAAAUCGACAACCAGAGUCAACCCCUGGGCAAUAAGGUCGAAAUGGAGAUCGCUAGCAUGUUGGAGAAAAACAGCACGCUAUUAAAAUUCGGAUAUCAUUUCACACAGCAAGGUCCUCGCUUACGCUGCUCUAACGCCAUGAUGAACAACAACGACCUGGUGCGUGUAGUUCGCUCAGAUUCAGAUGGAGCCAUCACCUUCACUCUGUCCGUCCCCGAGCUGGAGAGAGCCUUCUGUAAAAAAUUCAAGUUCUCUGCGAAACCCAAGUAAACUAAGAAAGAGAAGGCGUGACACCGGCCCAAUUUUCCCCAAAUGUCGGACAAAUGUGUAGCAGCGACCAUGACAUGGCCCCCUGGUGGCCUGGAGGUCUGCAGCAGGACACAUUCUUUCUUCCCCUCUCUGAUUGUAAUUCUACUGUAAUGUACUUAGUACACACACACACACACACACACACACACUUACACACUUAGACGCCUUUGAAGCCUUAUGACUACCUGUAGAGUGUACUGAAUGAAGUGUGCUAGACUGUGAGAGUGUAUGUAAGACGGAGAUGGUGUUCACAGGAAGUGAUGAUCUGCAGUGUCACAGUCACAGAGUUGUCGUCACCCAGCGAUAAGUCUUUAUAAAGCUCAGACUGUGUUUUAAUUGAGUAAUAAAAUAAUUUUGGUUUG